UUUCACACAACAAAACACUAAGAGAAACUUUUCUCCAUUUUGCCCGCCUGGUUUCUCCUCGCACUCAAAGCCUCGAGAUGGCAACUGUAACCCGUUUUCCUCCACUGAAUUGCAGCUUCCCAUCUUCUUCUUCCAAGCAAUUCCCAACCAAACAACCAACACUUCCCCCUAAAAUUCCUCCAUCCAUUUCUCAUUUCACCCUCCACUUUCCAGGCGUUCAGUAUGAUUUUAGGGGAAAUGAGAAAUUUCUCAAGUCCGUGAUCAAAUGCGGAGCUGCCCAAGUUGGGGAUGGCUCUGGGAUUGUGAAAGAGAGAAGUGUUUCUGUCAUUCUGUUGGCGGGUGGCAAGGGAAAAAGGAUGGGGGCAAGCAUGCCAAAGCAGUAUCUUCCACUUCUAGGUCAACCUAUCGCUCUUUACAGCUUGUACACUUUCUCUCGUCUGAUCGAGGUUAAGGAAAUCAUUGUGGUUUGCGAUCCUUCUUAUCAGGAUAUUUUUGAAGAUACCAAAGAGAAGAUUGAUAUUCAACUCAAAUUCACACUUCCGGGAAAGGAAAGACAAGAUUCCGUGUACAGUGGCCUUCAGGCAAUUGAUUUAAACUCAGAGCUUGUGUGCAUCCAUGAUUCUGCCAGACCACUUAUAUUAGCAGGAGAUAUUCAACAGGUUCUUAAAGAUGGUAGGCUUAAUGGGGCAGCUGUACUUGGGGUUCCUGUUAAAGCUACGAUAAAAGAGGCAAACAAUGAUCGUUUUGUCCAAAAAACCUUGGACAGGAAAACUCUUUGGGAAAUGCAAACUCCGCAGGUUAUUGAACCUGAGUUGCUUAGGAAAGGGUUUGAGCUUGUCAACAGGGAAGGCUUGGAAGUAACCGAUGACGUUUCCAUUGUAGAGCAUCUGAGACAUCCCGUGUUCAUCACUGAAGGAUCUUAUACCAAUAUCAAGGUAACAACACCUGAUGAUUUAUUACUUGCAGAGAGAAUAUUGAAUUUGAACUCGUGAAAGUUCUCUUGAGGACUAAAUAAUCAAACUACCUCAUCAGUUUACCACCAUUUUUAACAGUAAUUUAAAUUCAAUUUUAACAUAAUUUCUAUAAGCAAGAUGUCGGCUUCUGAAAUAAUAGUUUCAUUAUUUAAAUGAAGAGCCUUAUUUCCAGUAAUAAAACAAAAAGUUCAAGCA